AUGGCAGACGUAACAACCUACCUCCGCCACCGCCACCACCACGACGAUGACCAAAUCCUAAUUCCUUUCCCUUAUUGGGAUCUAGACUUCGAUUUCGACCCCGAAUUUCCCCCCAACCCUUUCUCCCUCACUGACCGCGAAAACCAGGUCAAUUUCGUCAUGGAUCUUUUCCACCAGCGCGUGGAGCAGUCGCAAAUCACCGAUCCCCUCUCUAACGACGCCGUUUUUGGCGUCAUCGACGCCCUCAACCUUGGCUUCCCCGCCGACGACGUCUUCUUCGUCGGACGCCGGCUAUCCGUCGGAUCCGACUCCGAAGAAUCGCUCUCCCGUUCCGGAAACGUCGACCUCGGGAUCUGCACUCACUCUGAGGAAGAGUACAACGUGAACGACGACGUUUCGAGUAUUCCUCUCUGCUUGAACGCGCUGCGAUUGGAAGACAACAGAGACAGUUACGAGGAUUUCGAGUGGGAGGAAGUGGUCGACGAGAGAGAAGUUCUGAGCAUGCUCGACGACACCUCCAUUUCCAUCUCUGUCGGAAUCGAAGAGGAAGCGGAGGGGGAAGGAGAAUUGGAAUCGGGGGCCAACAAUUUGGAGUGGCAGGUUCUGUUGAACGCCAGCAAUUUGGACGGAACGAAUUCCGAGCCUUUCUUUGAUGACAACGAGGAUUUCGUGUACGCCGCUGAGUACGAGAUGUUCGGUCAAUUCAACGAGGACGCCUUCGCCGGGAAGCCUCCGGCGUCCGUCUCUGCCGUGAGGAACCUUCCGGCUGUGGUCGUGAGCACUGCUGACGUGGCAAACGAAAACAUGGUUUGCGCGGUUUGUAAGGAGGAGUUUGGCGUUGGGGAAAGAGUGAAGCUGUUGCCGUGUUCGCAUCGUUACCAUGGGGACUGCAUUGUGCCGUGGUUGGGGAUAAGGAACACGUGUCCCGUUUGUCGCUACGAGUUUCCCACUGAUGAUGCUGAUUAUGAGCGGAGGAAGGCACAGAGAUCUGUUGUGUAA